UAUAAAGUAGUGCCAAUUUCCUCCACAUUAGAAGGAAAAAGUAAGAGAACACAAUGCUACUCAUAAUCUCUUCCAUCUUUGCCAUCCUCUUUUUGCUAAUAAAAUGGUAUUCUAAUUCUACAGAAACCAAAAACUCACCUCCAAAAUUACCUAUAAUAGGAAAUCUCCAUCAACUUGGCCAAUUCCCUCACCGCUCAUUUCAAUCUCUAGCUAAAAAAUACGGCCCUUUCAUGCGACUUAAUUUUGGUCGUGUACCAGUUCUCGUGAUCUCUUCGGCUGAUGCAGCACAUGAGAUAAUGAAAACACAUGAUCAUGUCUUUGCAAAUAGACCCCCCAAAAUAAAUUACGACAUACUUUUAUACAAUUUUAGGGAUGUUUCAUCAGCUCCAUAUGGAGAGUAUUGGAGGCAGUUAAGGAGCAUAUGUGUGUUACAUCUUCUUAGUGCUAAAAGCGUUCGUUCUUUUCGCGCUGUAAGAGAGGAAGAAACGGGUUUAAUGAUGGAGAAAAUAAAGCACUGUUCUUCUUCCACUUCAUUACCAGCGAAUUUAAGUGAAUUAAUGGCAACAACUACGAAUGAUAUAGUUUGUAGGGUUGUUUUGGGAAGAAAGUAUAGUGGUGAAAAUGGGAAGGGAUUUUCAAAGUUAUUGAUGGAUUUUACUGAGUUACUUGGUGCUUUUGUUGUUGGGGACUAUGUUCCUUGGCUUGAUUGGUUCAGCCAUCUUUCAGGAUAUUAUGCAAGAGCAAAAAAGGUGGCUAAACAAUUUGAUGAUCUUUUGGAGGGUGUUGUUGAAGAUCAUAUGAAUAAUCCGAAAGGAGAUAGUGACGAGCAUGAUGACUUUGUUGAAGUUUUGCUUUGGAUCCAAAGAACAGAAUCACUUGGCUUUCCUAUUGACAAAACGGUCAUAAAGGCUCUACUACUGGACAUGUUUAUUGCAGGUACAGACACCAUAUCCACUUUGCUAGAGUGGUCAAUGACAGAACUCUUACGGCAUCCAAAUAUCAUGAAAAAAUUGCAAGAAGAAGUAAAGAGAGUGGCUAAUGGUAGAACACACAUAACUGAAGAAGAUUUAAGUCACAUGAAAUACUUAAAUGCAGUAGUUAAAGAAACCCUACGUUUACAUCCCUCAAUUCCAUUACUAGUACCAAGAGAAAGCAGACAAGAUAUCAAACUAAAUGGACACCACAUCAAAGCUGGCACACGAGUUUUUAUCAAUGCUUGGGCCAUUGCAAGAGAUCCUACACAUUGGGAUCAACCUGAAGAGUUCAAGCCAGAGAGAUUCUUGAAUUGUUCAAUAGAUGUUAAAGGAAAAGAUUUCCAGGUGAUUCCAUUUGGAGCUGGCAGAAGGGGUUGUCCUGGGGCAGUUUAUGCUACGGCUGUCAAUGAUCUUGUGUUGGCAAACCUUGUACAUCAAUUUAACUGGGAAUUACCUGGUGCUGCUGAAGGAUUGGACAUGUCUGAAUCGUUUGGCUUCACAGUGCAUAGAAAGAUUCCUCUUAUGGCAAUUGCAACCCCUUAUAAGAACUAAAUGAGGGAGUAGGGGAAAAUUAUGGAACUGUUUUGUUAUACUAAUAAUGACAAAUAUAAGUAAAAUAAGUUGUUGUAGUAGUAAUAAUGAUAAAAAAUAUGUGAAAUAAUAAGUUGUUUUGUACCAAUAAUGAGACUUUUUUUGUUACUUUUGUACUCAUGUGUCUUUUGAGGUGGCGUUUGGUAUGCACAAAGAAAGAAUUUGUGCACCAUGCACAACUUAUGCAUUUAAAAGCUGAAA